AUGGCCACUGAUGCAAACACCCAGGUGGUCCAGGUGAAUGACUCCAUGUACGGCUUUAUUGGCACUGACGUGGUCCUGCAUUGCAGCUUUGCCAAUCCACUGCCCAAUGUGAAAAUCACCCAGGUCACAUGGCAGAAGGCCACCAAUGGCUCCAAGCAGAAUGUGGCCAUCUACAAUCCAGUCUUGGGUAUCUCUGUGCUGCCUCCCUACCAGAAACGUGUGGAGUUUCUGCAGCCUUCUUUCACCGAUGGCACCAUCCGUCUCUCCCGCCUGGAGCUGGAGGACGAGGGUGUCUACAUCUGCGAGUUUGCCACCUUCCCAAAGGGCAAUCGUGAGAGCCAGCUCAAUCUCACUGUCAUGGCCAAACCUACCAACUGGAUCGAGGGUACCCAGGCAGUGCUUCGAGCCAAGAAGGGGCAGGAGCACAAAGUCUUGGUGGCCACCUGUACCUCAGCCAAUGGAAAGCCUCCCAGUUUGGUGACCUGGGAAACGCGCCUGAAGGGCGAGGCUGAGUACCAGGAGAUCCGGAACCCCAAUGGUACAGUGACUGUCAUCAGCCGCUACCGUCUCGUGCCCAGCCGGGAAGCCCACCAGCAGUCUCUGGCCUGCAUCGUCAACUACCACAUGGACCGAUUCAGGGAGAGCCUCACCCUCAACAUACAGUAUGAGCCCGAGGUGACCAUCGAGGGGUUCGAUGGGAACUGGUACCUGCAGCGGACGGAUGUGAAGCUCACAUGCAGAGCGGAUGCCAACCCCCCAGCCACCGAGUACCACUGGACCACGAUGAAUGGCUCUCUUCCCAAAGGUGUAGAGGCCCAGAACAGAACCCUAUUCUUCAGGGGACCCAUCAACUAUAGCCUGGCAGGAACCUACGUGUGCGAGGCCACCAACUCCAUCGGCACGCGCUCGGGCCAGGUGGAGGUCAACGUCACAGAAUUCCCCUACACCCCGUCUCCUCCUGAACACGGGCGGCGCGCCGGGCCGGUACCCACGGCCAUCAUUGGGGGCGUGGUGGGGAGCGUGCUGCUGGUGCUGAUCGUGGUCGGCGGGAUCGUGGUGGCUCUGCGCCGGCGCCGGCACACCUUCAAGGGCGACUACAGCACCAAGAAGCACGUAUACGGCAACGGCUACAGCAAGGCCGGUAUCCCACAGCAUCAUCCACCCAUGGCCCAGAACCUGCAGUAUCCCGAUGACUCAGACGACGAGAAGAAGGCUGGCCCACUGGGGGGGAGCAGCUAUGAGGAGGAAGAGGAGGAGGAGGGUGGGGGUGGGGGCGAGCGCAAGGUGGGCGGCCCCCACCCGAAAUAUGAAGAGGAUGCCAAACGGCCCUAUUUCACGGUGGAUGAGGCAGAGGCCCGUCAGGACGGCUACGGGGACCGGACUCUGGGCUACCAGUAUGACCCUGAGCAGCUGGACUUGGCUGAGAACAUGGUUUCUCAGAACGACGGGUCUUUCAUUUCCAAGAAGGAGUGGUACGUGUAG